AUGGCAUAUGCCCUCCUUGGCUUUAUUGGAAGAUCGACAAGGGGCUUCAAGUCACACGACUCAAUGCUGGUUUUGUAUAAAUCCAUAGUGCGACCAGUGCUUGAAUAUGGAACUGUGAUCUGGUCCCCUUACCAACUGGGCCACGUAGAAGACUUGAAGAGGGUGCAGACACGUUUUUUGAGGAUGCUGGGAGCUCGUCUGGGCUACGCCUAUAUGGAAACGCUUGUUCUCCAACUGAAACAGCGUUUUAACCUGCAGUCACUGUACCAUCGGCGCAUCAUCUUCGAUCUUCUCUUCCUGUUCAAGCUGAUCAACGGACUGGUGGACUGCCCUGCUCUCCUGGAAAUGGUUGAUUUGAGCGUCCCUAGGGGAACGAGAUCACGGACUGUUUUCUGCCGCAAAUUCCUGCCCACGAACUACGCAUUCAACAGUAGCGUUGCAAGAAUUCUGAGGCAUGGUGGUGUGUGGUCCGGGCAGGUGGAUUUCUUCCUGGGGUCUCUUUCACCUUUCAAAGAAAAAAUAUAG